AUGCCAGUGGCGAGUCCUAUGCUAUCACCGUCUGACCACACAGGAAAACAUGUCGUGCUCUUCUUUCAUCCCCUUGACUUCACCUUUGUGUGGCCCAUGGAGGCAACUGCUUUCGGCGACAGGGCAGAAAAAUUUAAGACACCUAACUGCCAGGUGAUCGGCACUUCUGUGGAUUCUCACUUUUGUCAUCUGGCACAGAUCGACACACCCAAGGGACAAGGAGAACUGGGGCCUAGGAACGUUCCCUUGGCGUCCGAUCCCAAGCGCACCAUUGCUCGGGGUUGUGGGGUCUUCAAGGCUGAUGAAGGCAUCUCAUUCAGGGGCCUCUUUAUCGCUGAUGAGGGCGACCUUCCUGUUGGCCGCUCCGCAGAGGAAGCUCUGAGACUCGUGCAGGCCUUCCACUUCACUGCCCAACGUGGAGAAGCGUGCCCAGCUGGGCAGAACCUGGCAGUGUGCCAUCAAGCCUGA